CCACUCCUGUUUUGCGGUUUCCUGUUUUUCUGUCUUUAAUGUUGCGUGUUUUCAGGUGGCAACUGGAGAUUGUGUGCUCAACAAAGGCAAACGUGAUUUCUAAAAUCAUGGCACAACCAUCGAGACCUAGUUCAGAUAUGAUGGCUUUCAGGAAAAUAUUUGCCUGUGCCAAGAAUGUUGUUGUUUUAACUGGUGCGGGAGUGAGCGCUGAAAGCGGUGUGCCUACAUUCAGAGGUGCUGGCGGUUUAUGGAGAAUUUGGAAUGCCACGGAUCUUGCCUCACCUGAGGCAUUCACAGAAAACCCAUCGCUGGUCUGGGAGUUCUAUCACUACAGGAGAGAAGUUAUGCUGAGUAAAGAACCUAACAAGGCACACGUAGCAAUUGCAGAAGCUGAAGCACGGCUAAAGAAAGAAGGGCGUCAUCUUGUUGUUAUUACACAAAACAUUGACGAACUUCAUUUUAGAGCUGGGUCGAAAAAUAUAAUUGAACUACAUGGUAAUCUGUUUAAAACAAGGUGUUUACGCUGCAAUGAUGUCAAGGCAAACCAUGAUAGUCCUGUCUGCACUGCCUUGACUGGGAAAGGAGCACCUGACCCAACGGCAGCAGAUGCUCGGAUACCCAUUGAUGAACUUCCCCUCUGCCAAAAGUGCAGUGGUCUUUUGAGACCACAUGUCGUGUGGUUUGGUGAAAACCUUGAGUCAUCCGUUAUGGACCAGGUGGAGAUGGAACUUGCCCGAUGUGAUCUGUGCUUGGUGGUGGGUACAUCAUCUGUCGUCUAUCCGGCUUCAAGGUUUGCCCCGCAGGUGGCAGCACGUGGUGUUCCAGUAGCUGAGUUCAACAUGGAAAAGACUUCAGUUACAAAAACCUUUGGCUUUCACUUUCAUGGUCCUGCUGGGGAAAAUGUACCCAUUGCCCUUUCUCCAAGAGAUGAUACUGAACAUUAAUGGUGCUUGUAUAUUUCUAUUAUAAAUUGGUAAAACCAUUUCAAUUCUUAUCAAAAUUGGAACGUGCAAUAGUUUUUCGGACGUAGAUGAUACAUAUUGAUGAUAUCAGGUAUGUUCAUUGGUUGCCUAUAAUUGAAAUCCUACUUAUCUGGUAAAAUUAUAUCCUGCACUAUGUGAAACUCUUAUCGUGUAGCACUAGCAUUAGGGUGUGGUUGAUGCAUAGUCUAUGCUCUUGAGCCUCUACUCCAGUUGCACUAACGAGGGCUAUUUUGUUUACUCCUGUGCCAUUUUAGGCGGAGCAUAUUUUGCCAGCAAAUUCUCAAAAGCAAGAUUCUGAGGUUGUAACGUUUACUGUCCGAUGUUUACGGAUUUAACCACCAACACAGAUUUGUACUAGUUUUUCCAUCCCCUUUCUGGUACAACAGCUCCAUCUAACGAGUGUAAUUAUAAUCAAUUGGAACUGUAUGGAAAAACUAUAAUAUGGAUGGGCUAUACACUACAUCCCUCUUUUCCUUGGAUCAGAAAUAUAACACAAUUAAUGAUUUCAA